AUUUGCGCUUCCACGGGAAAACGCUUUUUUCAAAUUCUACCCCCUAAACUUUGGGAAAUCUUUGAAUAAAAUCAUGUGCGAUAAGGUGACGGCUAGAUGCAAUUGGCCCCAGACGGCGGGCAACGAGCUGUCCCAGCUGGUGGCCACCCGUCUAUCCGACGACGAUGUCUUUGUAAAGCCGGAUCUUGACGAUGUGAUUAAUGAGGAGCGUGCCGUGCUGUUUGCAAGUUCGGAGAGACCCCCGCCGCCUUGCGAGCUGAGGUUCCUGAUUGCGACCCGCUACAAAAUUGCCGCUCUGACGCUGAUCUGUAGUGCUCCCAAGGUGGAGCUGUUCAUAGGGCCGUCACAGGAGUACUUCGAAACAAUCUACGGAAUCUGCGUGGAAGAGGAGGAUGCGGAGGUGCCAGUGCGUCCCUAUCGCUACGACAUGGAGAUCGACCGUUCGGGAAUCAAUGAUAUAAAUCUCAAAUUACUCACCGCCUCCAACGAGAUCUGCGUUUACGGAUCCAUGCUGCACGUGGCCCCGAAUCCGAAUGGAAUCACCACCCAGCUGCCAAGGCCAGUGGAUCUACUCCGCAUCCAGGAGCUGCUGCAAAAGGGAGGCAGUCAGUCCAAAGAUGAGGAGCAUGCCGACAAGCUGCAGCAUUUCAUGUCGCUCAUUAAAGGUGGAUCUCCGCAGGCGGAGGCUACUGUUGCUCCUCCUUCAACUCCCGCAGCUCCCUGUGCUGAUAUGUCAAACCUAAAGGAACUCAUAGAUAAGCGAUUCCUGCAGCUAAACCAGCUUGUGACCAAGCGGCUGGAUGACUUUGAGGCCAAGCAAGCGGAGAAGCUGGAUAAAAUCAUUGCCCUGCUGGAGAAGCAGCAAUCGUAAUAUUUAUUUUACCAUUCAUACAUGCAAAUAUUUGUUCGUGAAAAUCAUUAAUCAUUGUAAUUUGUAGUUUUGUAAAAAAAAAGACUGUUGGUGCAUAAAUUUCGAAUGUGAUUAAAAUUAA